GACGCACCGGCAAACUAGAUGCUCAUGCGUCCAUCGAAUAAGGUAACGCUGCCUCAAGACCGCAAUGGCUAUGGGUCUAACGUCGAAAAAAUCGUCUUCUAGAAACAUCGGCGUGGAGCGCAAGAAUCUCAUCACAGUUUGCAGAUUUUCUGUGAAGACUUUGUUGGAAAAGUACACUGCGGAGCCCAUUGAUGACUCGUCAGAGGAGUUUAUAAACUUUGCUGCAAUUUUGGAGCACAUCCUCAGUCAUCGUUUUAAAGGUCCAGGUGGUUGGUUCAGUUCAGAUGGCCAGAGGAGUUUUUGGGAUUAUAUUCGUUUGGCCUGCAGUAAAGUCCACAACAACUGCAUCAGUAGCAUUGAGAGCAUAGAGAACAUUAGCACAUCACGUGCAAAGGGACGAGCCUGGAUUCGUGUGGCUUUGAUGGAGAAGCGUCUGUCUGAAUAUGUAGCCACAGCAUUAAGAGAUACUCGAAUCACAAGGAGAUUUUAUGAUGAUGGUGCUAUAAUGCUAAGGGAGGAAGCUACCGUUCUGACUGGGAUGCUAAUUGGACUCAGUGCUAUUGACUUCAGUUUCUGUCUGAAAGGAGAGGUUUUGGAUGGAAAGACACUUGCGGUGAUUGACUACACACCUUAUCUGAAGUUCACCCAGAGUUACGACUACCUGAGUGAUGAGGAUGACCGCCACAGUGUGGACAGCAGUGCCAGUGAUGAGAGUGUACCUGAGCACCCUUACAUUCCUCUGAUCACAGACGAAGAGAACUGGAGCAACAAGUGCCGAAAGAUGGAGCAAAGGUUCAAGAUCGUCUAUGCACAAAAGGGUUAUUUAGAGGAAUUAGUGCGCUUGAGGGAGUCCCAGCUGAAAAAUGUAGAAACUGAGAACAAGAGGCUAGAUGCUAAACUAGAGGAACUGCGGAUCCAGAGCCAACAAGAAAAGCAAGAGCUGGAGUCCAUCAUACUGGAGCUACAAGCACAACUCACUGGUAUCAUUCCUUGUGAGUCCUCUCAUUUGAUAAAAUGUCUUUCCAUUCCGCUCAUCAACCAAUGGACACAAGGCGCCAAUAACCAAGGAAAUGUAAAGGUGUUUCGUCGGAGAAGUUUUCACAGUUUGGACCUCUCGGCUGAUGCAAGUUUGAUCUCUGACUCUCAGAAGGACGACGGCAAUCAGAAUGGAGACACAGCGUGGUCAGCAGAUAAAGACAACACUCCAUCGAUGCUGGGUCUAUGUGGUUCUUUGGCAUCUCUACCCAGCUGUAAGUCUCUGGCAAGUCUCAAAUCCAGUGAGUAUUUGGUCAACAUCAGCACAGAGCCAAGUCCUGCUCUCUCUCCCAGCUAGGGGGCACCAGAAUCCAACCAACAAGACAUUUCCCAGCCCCAGCUUUACUUUUCUUUAGGUGACGACACACCCACCCUGCUAACAUCUCCCAAUUUCCCUAUAGUGAUCUGAAACAAAGCAUUUUUACAAUGAGGAUUAUUAAUAUUACCCCAUAGAGGUAUCUAUUUCUGAGUUUUUUCACUACAAGAAAUAUUACUGUAUGUGAAUUUGGAAUUGGUGAAGUGUAAGAUGCAGUCUUGAAAUGAAUGACAACCACCCUCAGCACUCCCUUAAUUUUCCAUCCUUAUUUAGCAACAUAAUUUUCACUCUUGUCUUCCUCCACCCUUUAAGUAAAGUCUUCAUCAGCAUGUUAGAGUCUUUGUAACAUUCCCUGACCUCAAGACAGUAUCAGUUAGGCUUGUAUAUCCUGGGAUUCCCAGCACAAAAGGCACAUAACAGAUCAAAGUGCAUUGCCUUCUUCCUAUGCUUAUUAACUUAAACGUGUAGUUCAGCCAAAAAGGAAAAUUCUGCCAUUAUUAAUGGAUAUUCCAGCAGAAAAUAUCAGAAUAAUGAGAGUGAGACCAAGGGAGGGAGGGGACUGAAGCUGCUGCUUGUAUCUGCAUGUGAAGCUUUAUUAAGGCUGUAAAUGCCUCCACUGACUACAUAUACUUGCUCUAAUGACAGUAAUAGGAUGUGAGUGCAAGUAUGUCAACUGUUGUCAGCUAAACUGAAAACUUUUUUUGUCUUAUUUAUCUUACUGGUGUCACUUUAUUUCUUGUGUUUCUUACGUUUAUGUAUACAUGAUUGUCUAUUUUGUUAUGCAGUAGCAGUGCUCUGCUGUUUAGUCAUUUGAAUUGUAAUAAACUAUUAUUUUGUUA